AUGCUUGCCAGUAUCGAACCCAGAUCAGAAUAUGGGUGCAACGAUCCGUUGGAAUCCUUGCAACAUCUCGAUGAUGACGAGGAGACAGAGUAUCCUGAGGGUGGUGCGACAGCAUGGUCGGUGGUCCUCGGCGCAUGGUGUGCCAUGAUACCAUCCAUGGGAUUGCUCAAUACUGUUGGUGUUCUCCAAGCAUGGGUCUCCGAGAACCAAUUGCACGGCUACUCCGAAUCAAACAUUGGCUGGAUUUUCAGUGCUUAUGCAUUCUUCUUAUACAUAGGCGGUGCCCAAGUCGGCCCGAUGUUCGACGCCCAUGAUAUAAGAUAUCUAAUCGUGCCCGGAAGCGUUGGAAUGGUUGCGGCUAUCAUGUGUAUGAGCGUCUCUACAGAAUAUUACCAGCUACUGCUGUCCUUUGGCGUGCUUGGCGGCUCUUCAGCAUGUUUAUUGUUUACGCCUGCAGUGUCUGCUGUAGGCCAUUGGUUCUGCAAGCGCCGGGCUCUUGCAAUCGGUAUAGCUUGCACAGCUGGAGGUGUAGGUGGAGUCGUCUUCCCACUCUUGAUUCUCUACCUUGCCCCGAUUAUCGGCUUCCCUUGGACAAUGCGUAUCGUUGGGUUGGUAUGCCUCAUCAUGUGCAUUGUCGCCUGCAUCUUGUUGAAAAAACGACUACCAAACAACAAGCAUGCCGGGGCUUCUAUCGAUCUCAAAGCACUGAAGGACAUCAACUACGCGCUCACUACUCUCGCUGUAUUUCUGGUGGAGUUCGCAGUAUUCAUCCCGUACUCGUUUAUCUCGUUGUACGCCAUCUACGCUGGAGUCGAACGGCAGCAUGCCUACCUUCUCAGUGCCCUUCUCAACUGCGGUGCUAUUCCCGGACGAGCGCUUCCUGGCUACAUUGCCGACCGUUUCGGUGUAUUCAACGUGAUGAUCGGCACGUCUUUAACAUGCGCAGCGCUUAUUUUCGCUUUAUGGCUUACAGCUCUGCGCAACGAGGCAGCUAUAACAGCUUUUGCAGUCGUCUUUGGUUUCUGGUCCGGCACAGCCAUUAGUCUGACCCCUGUCUGCGUUGGUUCAGUGUGCAAAAUUGAAGACUACGGAAAGAGGAAUGGAACAACGUUUUCUAUCGCGAGUUUUGCUGCCUUGAUAGGUAUUCCUGCUGCCGGUGCCGUCCUGGAGGCAAAUGGAGGAGAAUACGCAGGCUUGAUAAUCUUUGCUGGAGGACUUUAUCUUGCAGCUUUCGUUGUAUUCUUAGUGACCAGGGUCGUGGCGGGAGGACGAGAUUGGAGGAUGAUCUUUUGA